AUGCUGGCUACCGUGAUCUUCUCCCUCACGGGUUGUCUGUCUCUGGUCGAGAAGCUAGAAACUGUGAAAUCGGUGCUGACUAUCCGCGUACUGGACCUCACUAAUUGCAUUCUUCUCGAACCAAAGGAAUUGCCUCUGCACAUCGGCAAAUGUAAGGAACUCCAAUCAUUGCGGUGCGUCGCCUGCCCUCUCAGGCCGAGCGCCCUGCUCGAUUUAAUGCUAAAACGGCUUCCGCGUCUAAAGGAACUUCAGUUCUCCCUAGUGGCUGAGACGAACGUGGACUCGGAAAUAAGGGAGCUGCACAACACCGCGUCGCAAGUACCUGGCGCCCUGGCUCGCUAUCUCCGCCGCAUAUACGCCGAAGUGAGCGGCGACCUGAACUUCAAGCUCCUCUCGGCGCUCCUGAGCUACUGCCCUAAGCUGGACGAGCUACGUGUUCAUUUCGUGCGCGGAAACUUCAUGAACGCCCUCCUGGAAUGCAACGCCAUCCUCGAACAGGGCGUCAAUUUGGAAACAUUCACGUUCUCUUCUGAGGUGCCAGCAUCCAAUCAACGCCUGCCGUCCACACCGUUGGACUUCACGAGCUGUACAGCCGUCUGCGCCAACGUCUGCUACCGGAGGUCCAGCAACAUGUGGAACUGUGCCCUACUCAGAGAUCUUGCAGUCGGCUGCGCAGAUCCCCUCCAUUUGCCGGAACAGCUGGUCCUGAUUGCCGUCCACCACGCAGAAGGCUUGACGCCGGAGUGGAUUCGCCUGGCCACCCUUGGAAACUUCUGGACGAAUGUGCGCCAAAUCUGUCUUCCGCUAUUUUUCGCACAGCCCUCCGAUUAUGUUUACGCGAUGGCGGGCGCCGCGUACCGCGAAAAUCUUCGCGACUUCAUCUACGUCAAGCUCCAUCAGGUCGUCGAGCUUAACAUAGGCGCGUUCCACUUCAGCCCCGACCUCGAAUUGACGGCACUGCUCCAGGACGGCUCGCUGAAGCAUCUGCAAUCCCUCUCGGUGACCCCUUGCGGGCUUCGCCGUCCGUCAGCUCUUCGCCGUCUGGCACAGAACUGCCCGGACUUCAAAGAACUGGACGUGCGGUUCUAUAGGCGGGGUAACUUCUUUCAGUGCGCCGGCUGCGAGGGUCAGUUAUUCCUCGAUCGCAAAGACAUGUUAGAAAUGUACGAACCCGCCCCCGUGUUUCACAAUGCGCUUGAGAGGCUUACCCUCAGUGACGUGCAUGACCACGUGUCCCUUUGGUUCAUCGAGAGCUGUCCUGCGGUUUCCUUGCGGCUCUCAGGCUGCCCUAGCCCCUCGCAGUCAGAAUACACGUCUUUGGGUCAGCGUCUCGCCAGAAACAGCUCGCUCAGUUGUCUCGUGCUUCGACACGAUGCCCUGCCCUUCAGCGCGGCGUGUGUGCUGGAAACCAUCUCCUGCAUCGCCAGCCUGCAGUACCUGUGCGUUCUGUCGGCGGCGCCAUUACUCAACAGUAACGCGGAGCUGUGCGUGCGGGCGUACAGCGACAGCCUGAAGCCUCAUCUAAAGUGUUUUCAUGUUCACUACCGAAACUCUACCGACGGAACCGAGAAGCGAUCACGUGGAUGAAGCAGUGUCGCAUUCCAAGCAGUGGCGUCCUGGUUCGAAACGGUCCCUGCUUCCUGUAUUGUUCGACGGCCACAUUCAUAGGACUCGCGAAGCCGCUGAAUUGUGACUUCACAAACAUUCGUAUCAUCGGAUGUGCAUGCCUUAUCCCUUGUUUAUUCUUCUUUCUUCCCUGAGUGUCCCUGAGUGUCUGAACUCAUGCAAAAUGUGCCCUGCAAAACUUUUUGAGCCGUUUAAAUAAAUCGCGCAGCAUGCGAGACGAUGCUUCAGGCGCUAA